GGAGAUGACGAGGAUGUGUACUACACAAACUACUACGUUGCCGCGAUGGGUUGUUAGGGACGACCAACUGGUCACUGGGGAGGCUGGUGCGCUGACGAGUUUACCAGUCUUUCCUCUAUCCCUGGCAGAUGAGGAACGUUGGAGAACGGUAAUGGUCGCCGGCCCAUUACCGUUCUCCGAGGUCCCUCGGAGGGAGCGUUGACUGCCAGUAGUUGACGUGUCCUGUGCCGCUAACACCUCAUCCCUCCGCGUGCAUGACAAAAUAUGACAUCCUUUGGCUUCCUCCUGCUUUUCCGCGUUUCUCGGUCGCCUCAUCGUCAAUGUGGACAUUUGCUCAGGACUUCCGCAGGCUUGCUCUUCGCUUCCGAAUUUCUUUACGAUCUUUGAUCAUCGACUUGCAUAUCUAUCUGUCGACAUUCUACGCUCGUUCAACCUAUCAUUAUUCAUAUCUAUCAUUCCUACGCCUUGGGACUUGCAUAUAUAUCCUUCGGCGUCUAUCUUCAUCCUAUUAUCAUUACUAUCUAUCACUUCUAUGCACCGUAUACCUCACUUCUCUCUGGGAUCCUUGGAUUUUCUUUUUCUUUUUCUUUUUCUUUUUCUCUUUCAUAAAACCCUCAUCAAUAUCUAAGUUAGCUGUACAAGGGUUGGCAAUGAGUACACACCUUGACUUUGCGUUGUUUGCAUGUUCUACAACCACUUCGUGUCUUAUGGUGCGGGUGAAUUGGUAGCAUAGUGAAUGCUGUGGUCGAAAAAGCAACUCCAAAUUGUGAACGAUUCCAGCGUUAGCUCCGAUCCCAAUUAACCUUGAAAUGACUCGGAUGGAUAAGUUC